AUGUCGCGCGUCGUGUGGAGAGUUCAGCAAGGGAGGUACAAGGGUCCCCAGGAUUCGAAGUUACAAGCUCGGGGUAGGAGCUUCUUCAAGAUAACGUUAUCUGUGAUCUCUCCGCAAAUGGAACAUCUGGCUGGCUUCAAGGAUGGCGGCGUGAAGAAGCUUUUCAUCAUUGCACUUUCACCAAAUCUCGCUGAAAAGUAUGACAAUAUUUCCCCCGUUUGGACGAAACUUCUCAAAUUACACGAGCUCGAAUACUUGGUUGCUGGGGACCUCAAGAUUAUAAAUAUUAUAAUUGGCAUAAUGGCCCACUCUUCGAAGAAUCCAUGUCCAUACUGUGAGGCUUUAAAGAGCGAGCUCGGUGUAGCAAACGGAACCGCGAGAACCAAAGGAAGUAUAAACGAAAAUUGCACAAGAAAAAAGAAAUUGAAUGGAAAGAACUUCGCAAGCUGCGUGAAUGCCCCGUUGGUCUCGGGUAGUGAUGAAGACAAAAUCGUGAACCUUUGCCCGCCUCCACCGUUACAUAUAACGCUUGGAAUUAUUAAUACAAUUUUUAAGUCACUUGAGAAGAAAGCACCAGACUGGGUAGACUUAUGGGUGGAACAAGCACAGGUGAGACACCAACAGAUGACGUACGGUUUCACCGGAAGAGCUUGCCACGCGCUAUUGGAUGCUACCAAUUGUUUGGCAGACAACCCUGAACUUUCAGAUUACGUUACGGUUCUGAAUAACUUCAAAAACGUGUAUGCAAAAUGCUUUUCCUUUAAACUCGAGCAUGGGUUUGAGGAGGCUAUUGCAGAUUUUGCCAGCAGCUGGGAGAAGCUGAAUCUUCCAUUCACAUCUAAAUAUCACAUUACAAAGUACCAUGUGGCGGAUUUCUGUCGAGAAGCCGGAAGAGGACUUGGGCUUCACAAUGAGCAAGCCUCCGAAUCC